UCAAUUAUUGUUUAUACGACGUCGACUAUUUUUUCAAUUUUAACUAGUGGCAAAUUUCACCAUAUUACAUUCAUCGUAUUUAAUAGAAACAAACUGUAUCUGUGACCCUGCUUCAACAUACCCGGCUAAUCCAUAAAACGCCUCUGUCCACGCAACGACUUAAUUAAUUACUUCGUCAGAUAUGUAAUUUGGCAUCGUGUCUCACUUGAAAUGUUUGAAAUGCGGACGAAAAUCAUGUAGAUAGAUAUAAGUUAGAAAACUAAGCUCACCAAGGUUCACGGGCAUAUUCCUCCAUGUUUGUUGUCGAGCGAGCGAGCGGAGCUACGUCAUCACUGUGCGCGGAGCGAGCUGUUGGUGUGGCUCAUCCUGCUGGUCGAUCGGAUUCGAUAUUCCCAAAGAAACAGAAUGCCUUUACCUCCGGCGCUGCUGGCCCGCUUGGCCAAGAGAGGGAUCGUUAAACCAUCAGACCAAGAGGCAGACGAGGAGAUUAUCGCUGAAGAUUACGAUGACAACAAUGUAGAUUAUGAAGCCACCAGAAUAGAAAACCUUCCACCGAACUGGUACAAAGUAUUUGACCCCGCUUGUGGUCUUCCCUAUUACUGGAACGUCGAGACAGAUUUGGUGGCCUGGCUUUCCCCAAAUGACCCGUCAACAGUGAUAACAAAACCUGCCAAGAAACAAAAAUCUGAUGGGGGUGAAGAAAGAUCUGAGAGACCAUUUGAGAAGCCAGACAGGGAGCGAGAGCGGGACAGAGACAGGGACCGGGAAAGAGACCGUGACAGAGACCGUGACAGAGAUGACGGGAGGGACAGAGACAGGAGGCGGCCAAGGAGAGAUGAUACAGCACCUUACGGCAAGAGCAAAAGAGGGAGAAAAGAUGAGGAGAUGGACCCCAUGGAUCCAAGUGCUUAUUCUGAUGCCCCAAGGGGCUCAUGGUCAAGUGGCCUUCCCAAACGCAACGAAGCCAAGACUGGGGCAGACACCACAGCAGCUGGGCCUCUGUUCCAGCAGAGGCCGUACCCGAGUCCAGGAGCUGUGCUUCGGGCUAAUGCUGCAAACCAAAUCCCCAAGGAGUAACAUCUGUCUGACAUCUGUUGAGUUUGCUUUUCAUUGUGAAAUGUGUGAUUAUGUCAGAAGUAAAACAGUUGUAAAUAUGUUUUUA